AUGAAUUCUAAGGGUCUGAGUAAACGUGAUCGUACAACAUUUUCAAAUUUAAAAGAAUUUGUAUCAUCAAAUGAAAAUUGGAAACGUUUAAGACAUCAUUUAACAAAUGCAAAAUUACCAUAUAUUCCAUAUCUUGGCAUUUAUUUAACUGAUCUUAUUCGUAUUGAUACACUACAUCCACAUAGUGGUGAACUUGAAACAAAUCAACGUAAAAAUGCCAUGAAUAAUAUAUGUCGAGUUAUAUCAGAAUUUCAACAAUCAAGUGAUGAUCAAAAUUUUAAACAAUCAUUAACUAUUGAACCUGAUCAAAUAAAUACCGAUCAUAAUGAUUCACAUUAUGAUCGAACACCAAAACCUUUAGAAAAAACAGCAUCACUUAAAAUUUCACAUAUUGAUUCACAUUCAACAUGUACACAUAGACGAACACUUAGUGAUUAUAAUCAUUCAAAUUGUUUAUCAUCAUCAAAUAAAUCUGCAACACUACCCUGUAGAACACAUGAAAAGAAAAGUUUAUUAGAUGAUAGUGUACUUGCAGAUUGUAUGCACGAAGAAACUCGAUCUAGUCUUUUAUUAUAUAAAGGUAAAAUAAUCCGUUAG